AUGGCUAGUACCUCUGGUUUUCUCCUCACCAUUUCCUUACUCCUCCUCGGCACCGCGACUCAUAUCACCUCCGUGUCGGCCUACUCUGCAAGCGGCGUGCACGGCUUGACCUGGAUACCGACGACGACGAACGAGUCCGGAAGCAGCUGUCGGGGGUCAACAGCCGAGUGCAUGGCAAACGACAUGGAUGAUGGGCUUGAGUUAACCAGGCGCAUGUUGCAAACGGCGAACACACAGUACAUAAGCUACGGAGCACUUCAGAGGGACACUGUGCCGUGCUCUCUAAGGGGCGCGUCGUAUUAUAACUGUCAGCCGGGAGCGCAAGCCAACCCAUACAACCGAGGCUGCAGCGCCAUAGCUCGCUGCCGGGGUUAA